AAAGAGAGAGAAUAGAGAAGGGGUUUUAGCAUAUGUUUCUUUUCUUACCAAACCAAACCCACAGAGGUUUUUCAUUUCUGUCCACAAUUUCACUUACCCCCCAAAAGUAAAUAAAAUUAACAAACAAGUACACAAUUACAUAGAUUAGAUUUCUACUCAGAUUGGUGAAGUUAGUGGCGUUGGCUCAUUGUAUCUGGUCAUCACUUAUUGGCAUGCUUCCUGAGAUAUGGUGUAUAAGAAGAAGCUAGAUUUUGGUUUCAAUGGCUUUCAAGUUCCAUUUAUACCUAAAGCUCCUAGAUCAGUUAGAAGGAGACGUUCCUGUAAAAAAUUGGACGAUGGUCAAAUUUGUGCAUUUGAAUUAUUGGCGGCUGUUGCUGGAAAACUCUUACUGGAGAGCGAAAGCUCCGCUUCCAGUAACGCUGCGGAAGGGAAAAAUGAAAUUGCUGAUCACAGGGACGGUAUUAAAAACGAACAAGUGGAAGACGGUAAAGCUGUGAAAUCAGAGUCCCUCGACCAGGGGAGUUGUGUAGAAAGCGCUUAUGCAGAAAAAACUUCCUUUUUGGAGCAUACUUCUACUAUUAUAGGUUCUGACACUGACAUGAAGUUGGAAAACUGCAAGGAGGUUAAUAUAGCUGAUGGAAAAUUCCACGCCAAAGUUGAAGGUGGAUCCUCUAAUCUCGAGGAUCCAUGUGAUAAUAAAAUUAGGACUGAAGACUUAACUGUGACUAACACGUGCAGUGUAAAGAAUCCGAUUGAACAACAUGUUAAUAACGAUGGCUUGUUUAACUCGGAGAGUAGUGUACAGUUACCCUUGUACAGGGAUUCAGUUCCGGUUCCUAGUGCUUCUUUUGUAAAGCAAAGGAACAGUGUAAAGUUAGGUAAUAGAGAUGAUGACGAAAAUUCUUUUGACUGCUAUAGAUAUAGCACCAAGUUAAGAACCUUUAGGACGACAUCACGACUUGGAUUCAGAAGAAUAAGGAAGAUGCUGAAAUCUCGACACUGGAGAGUAGCUCCUAAGUUGAAGGAAUAUGAGCGUUCUUACACAAAUGGUGGAGUGGAGUCCUUUUACCUCAGUAGGAAAAGCACACGUGCACGGAAGAGAUGCCAACCUGAAGUUCCUCCCAAGAGAAGGAAAUUGAACCACCAUGGUUUUGCUGUUGCAUAUUACCAGGAGGCCAGUAGUGAAAGUGUUUCAAAUUCACCUGAAAAGGAAAUCAAACGAGACAUUAAAGGAACUGCUGAUCCAUCUCCAGCUAAAAAUCAUCACAAGAAGGAUAAUGUAAAAUUUAGCAUCAAGUCUUUCAAGGUGCCAGAGCUUUACGUAGAGGUUCCUGAAACUGCAACAGUUGGCUCGCUGAAGAGAACAGUGAUGGAGGCAGUUACAGCUAUACUGGAAAGUGGAUUACGGGUUGGGGUGGUUCUCCAGGGAAAGAAGGUCAGAGAUGACAAUAGAACUCUAAAGCAGGCUGGCAUUUCCCAGAAUGGCAACCUCGAUAAUUUGGGUUUCACUUUGGAGCCUCAAUUUGCCCAAGUUUCUCCAUCGUCAUCUCCUAAUAAACUUCCGGUUUCAUCAACAUUUGUUGCAGAUCAGGAACUAACUAGGCGGCGACCUAGUCCUAUCUUGGAAAUGGGGAUUCACAAUGCUUCGUCAGAUCCUCCAGAGACCGAGAUGGACAAGCAGAACGAGAAUAACCAUGUGUUAGAGCUAUCUCCUACAAAAUCUAUUGAUCCAUCAACUGACGUAUCCGUUCCAGAUUCUAGAGCCUUGGUCAUUGUUCCUCCAGUUAACGCAGAGGCACUUGCUAUGGUUCCUCUGAACCAGAAAAGUAAACGUUCUGAACUUUCACAACGUAGAAUACGGAGACCAUUCUCAGUUGCAGAAGUAGAAGCGCUAGUUGAAGCUGUGGAGCAUCUUGGUACUGGAAGGUGGCGUGAUGUUAAAAUGCGUGCUUUUGAUACUGCUGAUCACCGAACUUACGUCGACUUGAAGGAUAAAUGGAAGACAUUAGUACAUACAGCAAGCAUUGCCCCGCAACAACGAAGAGGGGAGCAGGUCCCACAGGAACUUCUGGACCGGGUCUUAGCUGCCCAUGCCUACUGGUCUCAGCAACAGGGGAAACAUCAUGUUGAACCACUGAAAACUCCGGAUGUGAAAGCGCAAAAAGUUGGCGCUUGAAGGAAUUCGUCGAAUUGUCAAGAUGUAAAGAAAAUAUUAUAUUAGGAACACGACGAGAAAAUUGUAAAAAGGAUUCGUUCUGUUUCUCGUUAACUCGGUUAGACUCACUGAUUCAUUGCUAAGUCCCUUACAGUUGGUGACUUGUAAAUUGUUCAGGAAUAAAGCAGUGUAGCAGAUGCCUUAGGGUUUCUGUUGGUUCUUUCAUUCAGAUGGUAUUAUUAGGUUGGUGGAAAGAAUCAAAUGUAUUAAAUAUGUACAUUAGUAGUAGUUCCAUUGAUUUCUAAUGUAAUUUCACUACUGCAUGCAACUAUCUUAAAGUCUAUCCUGUUAUUUAGUUGAAUCUGA